UCUCUCUCUCUCUCUCUCUCUCUCUCUCUCUCUCAAUUCCAUCAACAUCACCUCAUACAUACAUUUCUCUGAUUCAAACAACACAAUCAACCUGUAUAUACAUUAUAUAUACAUCUCUCUCUCUCUCUCUCUCUACAUAUAUAUAUCAUAUUUAUCUCUCUAGAAUUUGGGGUGAAGGAGAGAGAAGGAGGAGGAGGAGGUGGUGGUGGUAUGUCGUGGCUAAGGUCCGCAGUGCACAGAGCUGUCGAAGUUGGCGGCAACAACAAUCUCACUCGCACCGUCCGUAACUAUGCCGAUUCGGUCGUUCAACAUGCCGGUCAAGCCGUCGCCGAGGGCGCUAAGAUUUUACAAGAUCGCAUUUCAUCUCGGAGUCUCAAAAGCUUGAAGCAAGCCGUCAAGAGAUUGGAAGAACUUUCCGUUUCUUGCAGAGGGAUAGAAAGAGUUCAGUUACUAAGAAGGUGGCUGGUUGCACUUAAAGAGGUUGAAAGAAUAUCUGGAGAUUCUGCUGAGAUUAGUGGAAAGAACUCUGAGCAGCUUCCUAUAUCUGAUGAAUCAAAGGAUUCUCCGAGAAAGCCUACUUUGGUUUUGUAUUAUGACCCUGAUCUUGGGGGAGAACCCAUGAAUUUCUUUGAUGUCUUUCUUCACAGUGAAGCUCUUGAAGGCAUGACAUUGUCUAUGAUUCUUGAAGAACCAAAUGAGGAGGAAGUUUCUCUACUUCUAGAGAUAUUUGGGCUUUGUUUCAUAGGAGGAAAGGAAGUUCAUAAAACAACAAUGUGCUGCAUACAAAAUUUGGCAAAAGCUUUCUCAAGCUAUGAGGAGGAAGUACUGGUUAAGCGGGAAGAACUGCUUCAAUAUGCUCAAGGUGCUAUUGCAGGGCUGAAACUAAAUGCUGAUAUUGCAAGAAUAGAUUUUGAAGUCUCCGACAUACAUAAAAUUCUAGAUGGAGAGAAGCCCCAAAAGCCCUCAACUGAAGAAACAACUGUUGCACCAGUAGAGGCUUUGAAAGAAGCCUUUGAACAAGUUCAACUGUGUUCCAGGCUGGAGGAACUUUUACUAAAGAAGAAACUCUUAAAGAACGGGGAUUCUCCAGACAUUCAUGCAAAAAAGGUUGAUAAAUUAAAAAUUUUAUCAGAAUCGCUUGCUAACUCUGCUUCAAAAGCUGAAAAGCGUAUUUCAGACCACAGAUUACAGAAAGAAGAAGCCCUUAAUUUUCGUGUAACCAGAACCAGUGAAGUCAGCCAAAUCGAAAAGGAAUUGAUGGGCGAGAUUGGAACACUUGAAAAGCAAAGAGAUGAACUUGAAGAUGAAUUGAAAAAGGUCAAAACCUCAUUAGCUUCUGCCCGAGCACGUCUUCAUAAUGCCAGGGAAGAAAGAGAGCAGUUUGAUGAAGCAAGUAACCAGAUUCUUGAACAUUUCAAGACAAAGGAAGACGAACUGUCAAGAUCUAUUGCGUGUUAUAAAGAGGAAGCAGAUGUUUGCAAUGCAUUUGUUAAUUUUCUGGAAGAUACCUAUGUGUUCCAGUCCAAACACACGGAACAAAAGGAGAAGCUGAUCAAUGAUGAAUUGGCGAGACACGGAGACUAUUUUGUGAACUUAGCUAUUUGUCUUUUAUCUGCUUACAAGGAAGGAUUGGGACCUUCUAUCACCACUUUUAGGAAACUUGUGGAAAACUUGAAUUCAAUUGGAAGGUCAGACUUAGCAGCUUGUAAAGAUGAUGAAAAUUCCCAUGCAAUAAACCCAAGAAGAAAUCUUGAAGAAGAUUAUCUUGAUUUUGAAACCAAGUUUAUAUCCACAUUCAGUGUAGUGGAAAGCAUAAAAAAGCAGUUCUCCUCUCAAAACGAAGCGAUUUUCAGGCAUGGUGAUCAUAGGGUCAGAGAGUUAUUUGAUGAUCUUGAUGAAAUCAAAGACGAAUUUGAAUCCAUUGAGAGACCGAUAUUGGAAAUUGAAAGUCCAACCCGAAAAGCAGAGGCAGAAUCUAAGGAGAGGUCUCAAGUUGAAUCCACUGAGAGAUCCGAGACUCCAACUCAAAGAGCAGAGACACCAUCAAAGUCCAUUGAGAGAUCAAAGAUGGUUAUUGAGACUCAAUCAAAAGAAAGUCCCAAGAAAAGUGCAUCUCCUACUCAUAAACAGUCCCCAAAUGACAAAAUUGAAUCCAUGGAGAGACCAAAGUUGGAAACUGAGACACCAACACGAACAAUAGAGACACCAUCAAAAGAAACAGGCACUGAAAGUCCAUCUCCCACCGACAAACAGAAGACUGAGACAUUGGACUGCAAACACAAUGAAAUGUCUAAAGAAAAGGCAUCGGAUAGCAAAGAACAGUCAACGGAGGAGAUUGGUGGAUGGGAAUUCGAUGAACUUGAGAAGGAACUCGAAAGCAGUGACAAGUCAAGAAAAUAGCCCGUACUUGCCUCUCUGGUUUUCAGACUCUCAAUAACACAACAGCUUGUUAAUGACCUACAUUUUUUUUAACAGAAUUUUUACUCUUUAAGAUUAUUUGUUAUAGCUAUGAUCAUCAUCUAGUAACUACACAAACAUGAACUUUUGAAAGGUGGUAGGGAUUAGACUUUAUAUGAAUUGUAUGAUGUAAUAUGGACUCAAUGGAACAUGAGUUGUUCUAGGUUGUUUUUCUUUUC